AUGUGGACUGUUUUUGUGUUGGUCAGUUUGUAUGGACCUGCUUUUGGCAGCAUUCUUAUGCCUCACACGAUUUAUUCGACAAGAACUUUUGUUGGAAAUAUGGAACCGAUUGGAUCGGUUAUUGCUGCAGAUUCGGCGGCGGACGAGAUUCCAGUCGUUGUUGCGUAAGUUUUUUCUGUAUAUUAAUUUUUAAGAGAGUUCAUAGCAGUAUUUUUUGCAUAAAAAUAUCAAUAUAACUAUUUGCAGAACUCAACACAAUCGUAAUUGUUUCUUCACUCCGGUUCAAUGCAUGCUCCCAUUGGCUGAUACCCACAAAGAUGUUCAAACUCUUCACGGUGUUUAUCAACCAUCUCUUCCAGUUCGUCGAAGUGCUCCGUGGUCCUCAUCACCCUAUCAAAAACGGACCCAAAACAAUAGAUUUUUCGAAUGGUUAUCUCGUUAA